CCUCUCUAUUUAUGUAUAUUUAUAUAUUGUGUCUCCGUCUUCGCAUUCGCGAGGAUUCCUUUUAUACUCGCGUUGACCGAAAUUAUUGAUAGUUAUCGAUAGUCAAUGAUCGCGUCAUAAUAAUCAUAUUGCUCUAUUGCGAAAUGUAAGAAUAAUCGAAGACAAUAAUCGCUCGGCAAUCACUCGGCAGAUUGCGAAUGACAAUUCCGCGUGACAAGAAUUCUACCAGUACAUAUAUACGUUCAAACUACUUGUAUUGUGUUGAUCUUUCUUAGAAAUAUGUUAUUUCUAGCGAAAAUGUAUUAUUGAGAUCUGCGUAAAGAAAUACGGUAUAUACAUUUCUUACGAGCAACGUUAACGUUAGAAUUCACGGUGCGAGAUUAUGGCGAAGGAUGAAGGAGACGACGUGCUGCCAGACAAGGACGCAGCGAAAGGAUUCUACGCUAAGUACGAGCCCAAGGAGAUCUUGGGAAGGGGAAUAUCUUCUACUGUAAGAAGAUGUAUAGAAAAAGAGACGGGUAUAGAAUAUGCAGCUAAAAUCAUAGACAUCAGCAAUGAAACCCAUGAGGAUGGACAUACUAUGAAAGAUGCUACGCUACAAGAAGUACAAAUACUUCAUAGAGUAGCUGGACAUCCAUAUAUCAUUGAAUUGCAUGAUGUUUUUGAAUCCAGUACAUUUAUAUUUUUAAUUUUUGAAUUAUGCAAAAAUGGAGAACUAUUUGAUUAUCUUACAUCUGUUGUGACACUUUCUGAAAAGAAGACACGUUACAUCAUGAGACAAGUAUUUGAAGGAAUUCAACAUGUGCAUAAUCAAAGAAUAGUACAUAGAGAUUUGAAGCCUGAAAAUAUAUUGCUCGAUGAUAAUUUGAAUGUAAAGAUAACAGAUUUUGGAUUUGCCAGAAUGUUGAAACCUGGUGAAAAAUUAGAAGAUCUUUGUGGUACACCUGGCUAUCUAGCACCAGAAGUAUUAAAAUGUAACAUGUUUGAGAAUGCAGAUGGUUAUGGAUUUGAAGUUGACAUAUGGGCUUGCGGUGUGAUUAUGUUUACACUAUUGGUUGGCUGUCCUCCAUUUUGGCAUCGAAAGCAAAUGGUUAUGCUUAGAAAUAUAAUGGAGGGAAAAUAUUCAUUUACAUCUCCUGAAUGGGCUGAUAUAACAGAGGCUCCAAAAGAUUUAAUAAGAAAGCUGCUAGUUGUAGAUCCCAAAAAAAGAAUUUCUAUAAAGGAUGCAUUAGAACAUUCAUUCUUCCACACUGUUGAACUGAAGGCCAAAUCGUUUAAUGCACGAAAGAGAUUCCAAUUGGCAAUUAUUUGUGUGCGAGCUGUUAUUCGUAUUAAACGACUUCAUAUCACGCCUGAACCGCUUUCAACACAAAUAACUUGUACUGAUCCAUAUAGGAUAAAAAUUCUGCGAAAGGUAAUCGACGGCUGUGCAUUUCGAGUUUAUGGCCAUUGGGUAAAGAAAGGGGAAGGUCAAAAUCGUGCGGCACUUUUCGAAAAUACACCAAAGACAGAACUGAAACAUCUGUACGUUAAUAAUCUAAGUAGAUAACUAUUGUUUUGUUAAUUUGUUCUAGUUAAAUUUUUGCAAACAGAAUCUCGAUGGUCUAACAAAAUAUGUUAAAAACAAUUGUAUAGUAAUGUUAAAAAACAAGGAUAUAACGAUUAUAAGAUAUAGUAGUUAAAUUCUGUGUGUGUGUAUGUGUGUGUGUUGGUGCUCAAAUUGAUCAGAUUUAUGUUAAAAUAUUUAUAUUUAUUAUAAGAAAUAUAUAUAUAUAUAUAUAUAUUUCUUAUAUAAAUAUAUAUAUACAUAUAUAUAUAUACAUAUAUUGUUGAUAUAAUGGUCAAUUAAUACAACUCAAACUUAAAUUGCAAGAAAUAUAUUUCUAUCUACAUCUAAAUGUAUAAAACAAAAAAUAUUUUCUAAUAUUUUUAUAAAUUUUUAAAUAUCUAAAAACUUAAUUCGCAUAUAAUAAUAUAUAUAUCACCAUAUAUGACAAUGUAAUAAGCUA